AUGCCUUCACCAAUGGCGUUGAAUCCGCCAUCACGUUCUCCGUCCAUCUUCAAAAAGAAAAAAUCGCUUAGCCAGUUGUCGUCAAUGGCGACCGCAGCGUCCUACCUUUCUGCUGUUCACCAAGCAGAUACGCGCGCUCGCAGUCAUGACAAUUCUUCGGUUUCAUCAACCCCUGCACUUUCACUAUCAUCUUCUGUCACAGCUUCAUCAGAAGACACCAUUCUCAACGAGGACGAUGAGAAUAAUUGUCUCGCGUACCCCUUUACACCCCCAACAUCUGAACAGGUCUUCACCACCGUUCACACGGAGUUUGGUCAUUGUGCAAACGAGGCGUAUCGUUGCGUCUCUAAGCAUGACUACUCCAAACCUGUGCAAGAGCACAGCAUUGAAGAGCCUCCAUAUUAUAUCCUCCUCACCACCUAUAUUAGUUACCUUAUUCUCCUCUGUUUUGGUCAUAUGCGCGACUUCUUCGGAAAGCGUUUUACCAAGUCUUAUUUCACCCACCUUAUGCCCCACGAUGGUUACGCGCCAUUGAACUCGGAUUUUGAUUCGUUUUACACCCGUCGGCUUAAGCGUCGCAUGGAUGACUGCUUUUCCCAGCCUGUCACUGGUGUUGCGGGACGCACUAUUGUUAUUCUCGACCGGUAUUCCACGGAUAACAAUCACACUCAAAUCUUCACCGGUGGCAAGACCCGUGCGCUGAACAUUUCUUCGUAUAACUAUCUCGGUUUUGCCCAGGCCCGUGGCGGCUGUGCAGACGCAGUUGAGGAAAGCAUCCGUCGAUAUGGCGUUUCCACUUGCGGCACGCGUCUUGAGAGCGGGAGCAGCGAGCUCCACACAUCUGCCGAAGCCCUCGUUGCACGUUUUGUUGGUAUGGAAGAUGCAUUGAUCAGCUCGAUGGGUUUCGCCACCAACUCUACUUUUAUCCCCGCACUCGUGGGAAAGGGAUCCCUUGUCAUCUCCGACGAACUGAACCAUGCUAGUAUUCGUGUCGGUGUACGCCAUAGUGAUGCGCAGGUCCGGAUGUUCAAACACAACGAUAUGUUAAGCCUCGAGUCCUUGUUGCGCGAAGUGAUCAGCCAGGGUCAGCCCAAGACACAUCGUCCGUGGAAGAAGAUUUUAGUCAUCGUGGAAGGUUUGUAUUCUAUGGAAGGCACUCUCGUGAACCUGCCCAGAAUUGUCGAACUGAAGCAGAAGUACAAGUUCUUCCUCUUUGUUGAUGAGGCACAUUCAAUCGGUGCGCUGGGUCCCCAUGGACGCGGUGUCACAGAUUACUUUAACAUCCCUCCUCGCUCGAUCGAUGUCUUGAUGGGCACUUUCACCAAGUCCUUUGGUGCUGCUGGUGGAUACAUCGCAGGACCUAAAAUCCUUAUUGAUGCUCUCCGGUUGCAUGGUCACUCCGGACUGUAUGCGGAAGCUAUGACGCCCCCCGUUCUCACCCAGGUCGUCUCGUCGAUGGCUAGCAUCAUGGGCGUCGUUCCGUCAUCACAGUCGACCAAGUCCGCACUCACGCUCAGCCCUGCUAGCUCCAUCGUCACGCUGAAGGACGGUGCAGAGGAGCUCCCAGGGAUGGCACCUUCAAGCAUGCUGCCGACGUGGAUGAACCUCCAUCCGGCUCUUGCAGACGGUUCUGAAGCUCGUAUGCGUAUCCGCCGUCUUGCCUUCAACUCGCGGUAUCUCCAUCAGGGCCUCAAGAAACUCGGUUUCAUCACCUACGGACAUCCAUUCAGCCCGAUUGUCCCUCUUCUCAUCUUCAAUCCGGGCAAGAUGAGCAUGUUCUCGCGCAUGAUGCGUUCGCGGAGCACGCCGAUCGUUGUCGUUGUCGUGGCGUAUCCUGCCACUCCGCUUGUUACCAGUAGGGUACGGUUCUGUGUUAGCGCAUCGCACACAAAGGAGGAUAUCGAUAUGGUGCUACGAGCAUGCGAUGAAGUGGGCGGCAUCCUGGACCUGAAGCAUGGAGUAGGCGAGCGGUGGGGGAUCGACGAGGUUUGCAAGCGCGCAGUGGAGCUUGUACACUCUGUGUGA